AUGGCUUACGGCAAGAAGAAAACACGUUCUUCUCGUGCAUCGCAACAUGCUGCUGCAAUUUCCAAGCACGAUCCCCGCCGCCCACACCCGACGCACUCGCACUCGCUUAUUUCCUCGCAAGGCACAUCGACCGCCGAGAGAGGCAACGGACGUCUCCAGCCCUGCGACCGCGACCCACAACCCGACAUCGACUCACAAUGGAGAGAGUAUAUGAAUGAUUAUCUCGACGGGAUACUCUUCUCCGCAUGCUACACUGACGCGCAAAAAUUUGACGCCAUCAGGUUUGCGUACGACAACUUCGUCUCUCGUACCGACAAAAGCAAACAAUAA